AUGCAGCUUACUCCAGUCGUUACCGCCACUGCUGGCGUUGUUGCUUUUGUGGGCGAUUUCUAUCUCAGUGACCGAACUGAUCACAGCUUGAAUCAGCGAAAGUGGGCGGAAUGGAAUGUCUGGGGCAUCUUGUCGCUAGCAUGUCUGCUACGAAGCCGCCGAAAACGAGCCGAUGACGUCGACCUACUGGAAAAGGACAUACAAGAUAGUCCUGCCACGGUGUGGACAGAAGGCAUAUCGCUGGCUCUGGCAGCCUUCCUUGUCUGCCCACAGUACAUACAGCUUUGGGUUGGAAGGUCAAGCGUACAAUUCGCCUUCCCACUAACAGCGCUCAUAUUAUUACUGCUCAAAGUUCGGCAGAGUCGACCGUCGCAGCCACAACAACCGUGGCAUGCACGCCUGAUUGGCGUUUUCGACGAUGUCCCCUCAGCUGCCCUCUUCCUCAUAGGAUGUGCCCUUACCACAGCGGGCUUCAUAUGGAAACAGGACUCCUGGCACACUGCGGAAGGUCUGGGUAUCGCGUUUGUGCUGGCCCUUGCGAAAGCGUGCACAUUGUUCGCCAUCGAUACCAAGUCCGGAACUAGUGAGGACUACCAGCUUCUAUCUGCUACGCAGCAUCUGAAGCUCGUCCAGUCAAUCUCCACUAAGGCGUUCGUGCUUUCAACGAUCUACCUUGCCCUUUUCACAGUCAGGAUGCCUUACAUGCUUGAUGCGGUGGCAGUGGGAUUGGUAGUGACGCGACUCCUCGAGGUGUGCACAAUGUUCUGUCUGUGCUUCAAUGGCGCGUCCCUCACCGCAGCAGCGAUCGUGGCACCGGCAGCUGCCAUUGCAAGCACCCUUAUGGCCGCCGAUCAACAGAGCCAGGACUUGUUUGUUCUUGUCACAACCCUUUCGAUUGCCGCAUUCGUCGCGACGAUACCAAAAUUAUCCGUGCAGAGCCGAUUAUACUUCGUCCUGAUCCCCAUGCUGAUGGGGGUCAUAAUGUAUGCCUGGAACAGCCCUCUUCACGGAAACGCCCCUCUUCACGGAAACGCCGAAAUCGCUGUUCCGAAUUCGGUGCAUCCAAUCGUGCGGUUAGCGGCACACAACCAGAAAGAAUUCGAGACACGUCUGGCUCACCAGUCGACGACCGUGGAUAUGGCGGCGGCCGAGUACAAACGCAGAUAUGGCCGAGCACCACCUGCGGGGUUCGACAGGUGGUUCGAGAUCGCCAAGGACAACGAUUUCGAAUUCAUCGACGAAUUCGAUGUCAUUAUGGAAACGCUGGAGCCGUUCUGGGGCAUCAGUCCUACAUCUCUUCGAACACGUGUGGACUCUGUCGAAAUGAGAGAGGCUAUGAUAGAUGUCGUCGUCAACAGCUCCGGUUUGACGUACAGUCCCGAGCAUCACUACGCCGGGAUGCUGCAGAGAUGGGCGGAUCCAGAGAUCUGGGGAGAUAUUCUCCCGGACACGAAAUUUGUGAUGAGCGCAUUCGACGAGCCUCGUGUUGUUGCACCCUACGAUGCCGUCGACCGGGCUGUGGCAUUAGCGCACGGGAAGACGAUCACCGACAAGAAUGGGGCAACCACCAAGUACUUGGAGACCAAGAAUGACAUAUCGUGGGUCAAUGUCAGAUGGCAGGGCACUUUCGAGUCGAUACUGUCUUCCUGUCACGUCAGUUCGCCGGCACGAAGCGACAGCCCGCAGAACGGCACAGAUGACCAGCCGCUGCCGUUUGUGAGCAAUGUGACGGCGGAAAUGGACAUCUGUGGGAGCACAAAUCUUCUCUCCAGUCAUGGCAUGCUCCGAGCACCGGCCACGAUGAUCAUCACCCACUCGCUGGCGCCGAUUUUCAGCCAGUGCAAGGGAAGCGUGUUCAGCGAUAUUCUUUACCCAAGCCCGUACUACGGUGGUGACUCGCAGUACCAUGAUGAGGACGACAUGGCGUGGGACGACAAACUCGACCGACUAUACUGGGCUGGCUCGUCCACAGGCGGCUACCACACAGCUGAGAAUUGGAAGGAACUUCAUCGCACACGACUGGCAAUUCUGACCGAGCCUGGAUCCCGAGCGCCUGUUCAGUUACUGGAGCAGAACGAUCAAGGCGACUGGCAGCCGCAUGAGACAACGUAUGCCGAGCUUGAGGACCUCUUUUACACGCGGAUCACAAACGUGGUUCAGUGCGCCGAUGACGCCUGCGAAGCAAUGACAGAGCGCUUCGCCCCACGCGGCGAGCCCGGAGCUGCACCACUAGGCAGCAAGUACGCGUUGGACAUCGAUGGCAACGCGUACUCAGGCCGGUACUACAAGCUGCUCAAGUCGAACAGUGCGGUGAUCAAGCACACGAGUUUCGUGGAGUGGCACGACAGGCGGCUGCAGCCGUGGGUGCACUAUAUCCCGCUGAGCGCUGGGGCGGAGGAGUUGGGGGAGAUGAUAAGAUUCUUGGUGCACGAUGAAGAGGGUAGGGAAAUUGGGAGGAGGAUUGCUCAACAAGGAAGGGAUUGGGCGCGGAGGACGCUCAGGCCGAAGGAUCUGGAGAUUGUGUUUGUUCGGGUAUUGUUGGAGUAUGCGAGGAUUAUGAGUGAUGAGAGGGAUAGUUUGGGGUAUAGUUUGUAG